UUUGCCGUCCACUGUGUGUGAGCAACGGUAAACGCGUGUGUGUGCUUGCGGUCCCGGUAUAAUUUUGUCUGUUUUACCGCUUGCUUGCCACCGAUGACAACCGCCACGCUUAAGGGAAGCGUGAUUACUUAAGCGCGUGAACCAGAUGAUUCGUCGUUUAACGCAUCGGCGACGAGGAUGACGAGGACUCCGAGGAAGUGGUACGGGAGUUACCAGAGAGACAGGAUCACACCGUGCUCUGCAUGUAGCCGUGGUUUGUGAGGUGUGGUUAGUGUACCGAAGUUGCCAGCGGGACUCGCGAUCGUGUAACCCUGAAAAUGUAUGGUGCUGUGAAUAAACACUACGUCGUUUAACGAGGGAGCACGUAGUUUGAACCAUGCGUGCGAUGUUGGUGUGCUUCGAUGUGGCUCGAAGACUGGUUUCAGGUCACCAUAGUGCGGUCGGUGGUGCCUUGCAGUGUCGUGCGCGAUGUCUAUCGAGUGAUCGGCGUCCGGACGAAACGACGACGCCGAAUGAUCGACAGGUGAGCAGCGAAGACAGCAGCACAUUCGAUGGGCACAUACCCGAGGGUGAACUGGAAAUUUCCUUCAGUCGGAGCAGUGGACCGGGUGGUCAGAAUGUGAACAAAGUGAACAGCAAGGUUGAGAUUCGCUUCUGUCUUGAGACAGCCACCUGGAUACCUGCAACAGGCCGGGAGCGUCUGAAGACGCAGUGGGGCCACCUGGUGAAUCGUCGCGGCCAGCUCGUGCUCGAGUGUGACGACCAGCGCAGCCAACUGGCCAACACGCGCAUCUGCCUCGACAGGCUGCGGUCUCUAGUGACUGAGGCCUGUCGCCCGCCACCCUCCGGUCCCGACGAGGCCAUCCAGCGGUUACACGAGAAGAGGCGGGCACGAGCGUCAGCUCGAAGAGUAGAAGAGAAGCGGGCCAGGUCUCAGUGGCGGCGUUUCAAGGAGCCAUCUCGUGUCCUCUAGGCCAGUGCUUGGAUUCUGCAGAUUUCUCCUCAUAGAAGAACAUCUGUUCGGGUGUACAAUGGCUUCUGUAGGGCCGUGUGCUGCCACUAGUCACAUUUACAAGUGCCUUAACACAAAGGUUUAACGCAGAGAAGUUUGUGUGGAAAUAGUUGUAUGGUACAACAGGCCUGAUGGCAGUUUGAAAGCUGCUGUACGCUCAGUCAGACCUGUUGUUGGGUCAAAUAC